AUGAAGACAGUUGCUUGCUUUGCUGCCGCAAUCGGCAUCUUUGCUUCUACCACAAGUGCAUCCGUUCAAGGCUUCGAUAUAUCCCACUAUCAGGCUACUGUUAACUUUGCGAAAGCUUACUCUGAUGGUGCCCGUUUCGUCAUCAUAAAGGCUACCGAAGGCACUACAUACAUUGAUCCCAGCUUUAGCGAUCACUAUACUCAAGCUACAAAUGCGGGCUUCAUUCGAGGCGGAUACCACUUCGCACAACCGGCUUCUUCUUCUGGUGCGGCCCAGGCCAACUAUUUCCUUAAAAACGGAGGAGGUUGGUCAUCUGACGGCAUUACCCUGCCCGGUAUGCUUGAUCUCGAGUAUGCUCCCAGUGGCAACAGCUGCUACGGGUUGAGCACUAGUGCCAUGGUUAGCUGGAUCAACGAUUUUAUCACCACUUACCAUGCCGCUACAACUCAAUAUCCUCUCAUCUACACUUCCACGAGCUGGUGGCAGUUGUGUACGGGAAACAGUGGCUCGUUUGGUAGCAAGUCGCCUCUUGUUGUCGCAAGAUACGCCAGCUCCGUUGGCACUCUACCUAAUGGCUGGAGCUAUUAUACUAUCUGGCAAAACAGCGACUCGGCUCCUUGGGGUGGCGACUCUGAUGUAUUUAAUGGAGACCUAUCUCAGCUCCAGAAGAUUGCUCGCGGAAGUUAG